AUGGUCUCUUGGAAGCAUUGUCUUUUUACCGUGUCUCUUAUCACUGCCCUGAUUUUUGUCUUUGUUUACAAUAACGAGUUAUGGGAGGAGAAGCAUUUUCUGAAGGCAUCUCUGUCCAAUGCUUCACUGUUAGCAGAAGUCUGUCAUCAGAUUUUUAAGGGGAAGGUUUUUUACCCAAGAGAGAAUGCAUUGAAAACUACCCUCAGUGAAUCUACCUGUUACAAGUACAUGGCUCAAAGUCAUUAUAUAACAGAAACACUAUCGGAAGAAGAAGCGGGGUUCCCUUUGGCGUACACGGUGACCAUCCACAAAGACUUUGGCACUUUUGAGAGACUCUUUAGGGCAAUUUACAUGCCCCAAAAUGUCUACUGCGUUCACGUGGAUGAGAAGGCGACAGAUACAUUUAAAGAUGCAGUAAAGCAAUUACUGAGCUGCUUCCCAAAUGCUUUCCUGGCUUCCAAGAUGGAGCCAGUUGUCUAUGGGGGGAUCUCCAGGCUCCAGGCUGACCUGAACUGCAUCAAAGACCUCACAGCGUCCGACGUGCCCUGGAAGUACGCCAUCAACAUGUGUGGGCAAGACUUCCCCCUGAAAACCAACAAGGAGAUAAUUCGGUAUCUGAAAAGCUUUAAAGGGAAAAACAUUACCCCAGGGGUGCUACCCCCCGGUCACGCUAUUGGACGGACUAAAUUCGUCCACCGGGAGCUGUUAAGCAAAAAAAAUUCCUACAUGCUUAAAACAACAAAAUUGAAAACUCCACCUCCUCACAACAUGACCAUUUACUUUGGCACUGCCUAUGUGGCCCUCACAAGGGAAUUUGCCAACUUUGUCCUCCAAGACCAGCAUGCACUUGACUUGCUUUCCUGGUCCAAGGACACUUACAGCCCUGAUGAACAUUUCUGGGUGACCCUCAAUAGGAUCCCAGGUAUGUGUGUCUCUUAA